AAAAUCCGGGCGGUUUACGACUCCAACCCCGCCAAGUUUAAAACGCUGCAGAACAUCCUGGAGGUGGAGAAGGAGAUGCACGGCUCAGCCUGGCCCAAGAUCGGUGCGACGCUGGCACUGAUGUGGUUGAAAAGGGGCCUGAAGUUCAUGCUGGUGUUGCUGCAGAGCAUCUCUGACGGUGAGAGGGAUGAGGAGCAUCCGAACCUCAUCCGGGUGAAUGCCAUGAAGGCUUAUGAGAUAGCACUGAAGAGGUACCACGGCUGGAUGCUGCAGAAGCUCUUCACGGGCUCGAUCUACGCUCUUAAAAAACCUUACAAAUCAGAUCUGCUGAAGGCGUUGGAGAAGGGUAAAGAAGUCAAAGAGGAGGAAAGCAUCGAGAAAAUUCAUCAGUUCCUCUCCAGGGUCACCCCCAUCCUGGAUGCAAUUUAUGAGAUGUACACAAAGAUGAACGCCGAGCUGAGCUACAAAGCCUAAAGGUCGCACGGACUGGCAGGGCUUCAAAGAAGGUGUGACGGGUGCUACUGGUUCUUAAUCACUGAGGCAGCUCGGGCGGCUCCCGCCUGCCAGGCAGCUUGAUUCUCGUCUGGCUCUGCAGUGGGUAACCCGCUUUCCAAGUAAAA